GUAAGAUUAAGUUCUUAGCAUUUCUGCUAAUCUGAGAGAAGAAAUAGUUGCUGUGGAAGUUUUUCUAUAUGGUUGGAAUUGGAUAGGAGGUGCAGGGGCUGUUGAGAGUCUUCCAGGUCCCUUCAGAGCCUGAAUUGAGUCGGCCAGUUGUAUUAGAGAAUGGGAUGAGGUGUGGCAAAGAAUUUCUCCUUUAUUUAUUUACAUGAACUGAUAACAAAGGCAUAAAAACAAUAAUGUACCAGGACAGUUGGUGGCGAUAAUGCUCCACCCUGUUGCGAUUCGCCCUUAAAAAGCCGACAGAACAAGAGGAGAGAGGCUUCCUCGAAAGGCUCCGUUCACAUGAAGGAUGGGGCGAGGUUCACCUCUUGAUGCCAAACUGCGUGAGCAGAUAAUCCAACAGUUUAAAAACAACGUGUCUCAACGCACAAUCGCAAAGAAUUUAGGGAUUUCACCAUCUACAAUCCAUAAUAUCAUCAAAAGGUUCAGAGAAUCCGGAGAAAUCUCCGCACGUAAGGGGCAAGGCCGAAAACCAACGCUGGACGCCCGCGACCUUCGCUCCCUCCGGCAGCACUGCAUGAAGAACCGGCACGGCUGGAUCAAGGAUAUCACUACGUGGGCUCGGGAACACUUCGGGAAACCGCUGUCGGUGAACACGGUCCGCCGCUGCCUCUGCAAAUGCAAGUUAAGGCUGUACCAUGCGAAGCGAAAGCCUUGUAUCGACAACGUCCAGAAGCGCCGCCGGCUUCUCUGGGCUCGAGCUCACCUGGGAUGGACGGACGCGAAGUGGAGAAGGGUGCUGUGGUCCGAUGCGGAGGCAACCAAAGACCUGGAGAACUUUGACAAGGGCAGCCACGACGAGUUCAAGAGGUAUGAGAUGAUGAAGGAGCAUGAGAGGAGGGAACGUCUGAAGAGCAUGAACGAGGAGGAUCGCAUGAAGGAGGAGCAGCACUACGAGGAGAUGAAAAAGAAACACGCCGACCAUCCAAAAGUGAACCACCCUGGCAGUGAAGACCAGCUGAAGGAGGUGUGGCAGGAGACAGAUGGUUUGGACCCAGAUGACUUCGAUCCCAAGACCUUCUUUAAAAUACACGACAGCAAUGGAGACGGCUUCUUCGACGAGAGUGAGCUUGAAGCUCUAUUCACUAAAGAGCUGGAGAAGGUGUACAACUCUGAAAACGAAGAAGACGACAUGGUGGAGAUGGAGGAAGAGAGACUGCGAAUGAGAGAGCACGUUAUGAAUGAGGUGGACACCAAUAAAGACAGACUUGUGUCACUGAACGAGUUCAUGGCAGCCACUAAGAAGGAGGACUUCUUGGAAAAAGAGGAGUGGGAGACUUUAGAUCAAAACCCCCCUUACACCGAGGAAGAACUGCAAGAGUUCGAACAGCAACUGGCCAACGAGGAGAACGACAUCAACAAGAAGUCAGCGGAUCUGCAGAAACGGAGGGAGGAGCUGGAAAGGAAAGAGGAAGAACUCAAUGCUCAGAAGUUGGGGCUACAGCAGGCAGUAGAAGAAAUGGAAAGACUAAAAGCGCAAAGCUCAAACGCUGAGGUCAAACAGCCGAGAGCUGCCGUAGCUGAAAGUGAUGUACCAGGAAACAGUCAACCACAGCCCCCCGGUCACCAGCAGCAAGACGUACCAGUGCCAGGACACUCUUAGCAGGCCUCAGUACUCUGAGUGCUGUACGAAUGCCAGUGUGCGUGCACGUGUGUUUGCCUCGUAAUGAUUCCAAUUUUCCAUUUUUGUUUGGGAUUUUCCAAGAAGAAAAACAAAAAUAUGCCUCAAUAUUAAGAGCAAAUCUGAUUUCGGGCUUCAGAUUUAGUGCCAGUGCCCCUUCGGCCCAAUUCAGCUGCGUGUGGAGCUGGUCCAGUUUUCUUUGUGGACAAUUGGCCCUUUUGUUUGUGUCAUUUUGGUCUUUCAUCACAACAAGAACUUGCAUGUUCUCCAUGGGAAGAGCUUUGGGGUGCACUGGGCCAGGCUCCUGGCCUGAUAAAUGAAUGUUUUGUUUAGUACACACUGUAGUUCACUGUCACUGAUAGUCUCUUACUUUUGAAGAAUAAAAUCAGCACAUUUACUGAAAAGGGCAAACAUUUUGGAUCCAUAAAAUGUUGCUCUUUCUUUAAUAACUUCCAUCAUGUUCACAUUUGUUUUAGGGUUUAGUUUUACUACAUGACAGUGCACACCUGUAAAAGAUAUGCUAUCAAUCAAUAUGUCCUCCAAUACCUUUGAACUGUUUUAUAUGAGUUCCUCAGAGGACUACAGAAGUUUCCCAGUUUUUUUAAAUUAUGAUUCUUACAGUUGUGUUUUUAGCUAUUGUCUCCUUUGGACCAGAUGAUUGAAGAACUUAUUUAGUUUACAGAUAGUGACAUAUAUAUAUUUAAAUCUUCUAAUUUAAUAUAGUUGUGCUGGCAUAAGAGUGAAAAGUGUAUGGAGUCUGAAGUGGUUGUAUGUGUUCAGUGUGUUUGUGUGUCAGUGCUUGUGAGUGUCAUUUUUCCAUGAUAGAAUAAUUUUAAUUUAUUUAUUUUCUACACCACUGCAAACAAAACUGGAGCAGGUUGAUGUCGACCUCGUUGCUGUCAUAUCAGACGAAAAAACAUGAAUUAAACUCUAAAAAGAGUGACAGGGUCAAAACUGUCUUCAAUGUAGAUCAAUACAACAGAUAAGAGAGAUUUUUUUUGAAGAAUUGAGAUACAUAAGUUGUUUUUAUUUAUUUUUUUUAUGUCCCUUUCAACAAGCGGUGAAGUCUGUCCACCACCCAACGUCCUGAAUUCAUGAAUCUGUUGUACAAGGUUUGAAUGUGGACAAUAAAGUGAAUGAGCUUGCA